AUUAUAUUUGCCCUGUCCGUCAUACUUUAUUUCUGGACUUAUAAAGUAGAUGAACCCUACUGCUUUAAGUAACUCCAUCAAAGGUCAAGGUCACAUUGACCUGGACAUGGAAAAUAGUUUCUGAUCAAUACCUUAGGAAGCCUAUUGACAUUGAAAUUUGAAACUUCACGGGCUGAUUGGACAUGAAAAGUAGUUGAAUGCAUUGAUUUUGAGGUCAGAUCAUCAAAGAUCUAGGUUACAGGGGUCAGAACAUGGAAACCGUUUCAGGUUAAUUGCUGGAGAACCAUUUGACAUAGGACCUUCUACAUUGAAGUUCAUAGGAUGCUUACGGAGUAGAUGAUUCCAAUUUUUUUUGGGAUCACCCCAUCAAAGGUUAAAUUCAUAUGGGCAUAAACAUAGAAAACCGUUUAUAUCGAUAUGUUGAGUUUACUGAAUGAUUAGAAAUGCAUAGUAGAUGACUCUCAUUUGCUUUGGGUCACUCGAUUUAACGACAAUGUCACAGGGCCUGAAUACGAAAAAAUGUUUCCGAUCAAUAACUACUUAGCAUAGAACGUUGAAGCAUCAUGGGUUGAUUGAUCUUUGGGCAUUGUUUUCAGAGGUUAUGGUCACAAGGUCCAGAACAUAGGAAACCAUUUCCAAUUUAUACCUUGACCACCACUUGACCCAGAACAUUGCACCUUUAUGUAAUUGUAGAUGAUUCCUAUUGCAUUUCAGUCACUAAGCCAUCCAUCAAUGUCUUUUUGACUUUCGCUCCUGUUUCUUAUUGACUUCUUGUCUAUUACACAUUUGCGAAUUAAGACGAAGUGGAGUGUGAACACCUUGGGUGAUUGAUUUUCCAAGGGGGUGAUCUCAGCCUUAUUUGAUUAUUUAUGCGCGGUAGCAAAAACAGCCUAUAACGGCAAUAAGGUUUGGGUUAUUAUAUCAUCACUAUGCGGCAGGUGAUAUAAAUUUGGUUUGCCUUUUUUCGUAUUUCUGUCCAUCAGAGAAAAGUUUGUUACACAUAUCGCGAAAGGUAUUGAACUAUCGUAACGGUCAUGAAACUGUAUAUUUAAUUUAACAUUAGGAGUUGCACAUCCGGCGUUUUAGCUCAUCUUAGUGCUCAAGUUACACUGUGUCCUUCGUCAUCCGUCGUCAUCCGCCGUAGACAUGUUCACUAUUAACACUGGAGAGGUUAAACUUUUUGCCCAAUCGCAAUGAAACGUAGUCAGAAUGGUUUGAGUUUACAAAUUCUCGACAAAUUUUGAAAUUGCGUCAUCUUGGCUUAAACACUAGGCAACUAGGUUAAAUUUAAGAAAAACUUUGUAAGUAUUCUUGAUUUCAUUUUUAUGCUACCCGAAGUUAACUCGUAUACUAAGCAAGAUAUGUACUUGAUACUUUACAAACUGACAGAAGUCAGUGAGGAUGUGUGUACUGACAAGGAACCAUAAAUCUAGGUGAUCGCAGUUUUUUAUUAUCUCCCUUUUUUGAAAACUACAUACUUACAUAUUCAAAGAGGCCGAUGAUAGGAGUACCACAACUCUUACUGACCACAUUUCUCCUAACGUACCCUCCGUGACUGAAAAGCCCUUAAAGCUAAAGUAAUUUCGAAGAGAUCAACUGGUAUUAACGAUCGCCUUUAUUCCAUUAUUGUCUUUUCUUUGGGAUCUUUGAUAGACCUGGGCGUAAUUUUUGUCUCUUUAUAAAAUCUACUUCAAGUAUAAAACUUGAUUAUCUUUGGUCGAAAAUAAGAGUCACAAGGUGAAAUUAGAGACAUUGUUAACACACUACAGGUCAUGAUAUAAUAUUCAAUCUUAACGAUACCUAAUUAGAAUGUUUGACGUUAUAUUUAGCUUGAAACUGGAUUAUUGGGGAUCAAAAACUGGAUCAAGAGGUUAUAUAUCAUAGAGAAGAAAACACUCUACAGGAAUUAUUUUCUACUUAAUCUUUGGAAACCGGGUCAAAUGUAGGUUCACUUUGAAAUUGUGUCAAAAAGAAGGUCAGUAAUCCAAGAGUAAAAUUGCUAUAGAAUGAAUAGUUAUAUUGUUAAUAAAAUAUCAGUAAAGUCUGAAACUUGGUCAUAUGCGGUCAAUAGGUAGGUCUGUAACCUUAAGUAUAGAAAAUAAUCUAAACAUUCAAGAUGCCACAUAAAAACAAGAUCACUGAAAUGCAAAACAGUUUACCCACGAAACAAAGUCAUGUGACCUUUGACCCCUAAGUGUGACCUCGACCUUGAAGCAAACCAUCUGAAAAAUGCGCUCUGCACAAUGUCUUGAUGUGGUGAACAUUUAUGCCAAUUUUCUAUAAAGUCCUUCAACCAGUUAAAGAGUUACAGAGCGGACACAAAACAAAGCCAUAUGACCUUGACCCCUAGAUGUGACCUUGACCUUAAAGCAAGCCAAUCGAAACAGGCGCUCUGCACGUCGUGUUAAUGUGGUGAACAUUUGUGUCAAGUCUGUUCGGAUUCCUUCAAGGGUUAAAGAGUUACAGAGCGGACACGAAAUUGCUAACGGCAGACGGACAGACAGACAGACGGCCAGAUGGACACCGGGUGAUAUAUUGCGAUCAAACUAUGUGAUCUUUUCAACUUUGUCUCAGAUGCGUAACUUAUUAUAUUAAAGAAUAUUUCAGGAAUGUGUUAUAGCGCUAGAUCAAAUACUUUCUUGCGAUAUGUAUAACAAAACAUUUCUCUCACGAACAGACGGAUGGUAGGACAAAUCCAAAUCUUAUCCUGUGCGAUGGCCAGACCUUUUCCUCAUUAUAGGAAUGUUUUCUUACUGCACAUGAAUUAAUCAAAUCAUGUUGAGACGGUCUCCUUGAAAAAUCAAUCGUCUUAGGUGUCCACAGUCCACGUAACUUAAUUCGCAAAUGUCUAUUACAACUAUGCUUUAGGGGAGACAUGUGCUCUUUUACAACAUCAUCUUAAUCACAUUAAAAAGAUAUUCGUGAGAUUCACAAAACAGUCCGAUCCAUGAACACUGCGAAUGAAUCACCAUUGAUUAAGUAGGUCUCUAAUUAAACUGUCUCCAUUUAUACUGACCAUUAAGAUUAUAAUAGUAUAAGAUCUAUGACUGAUAUGUUUUUUCUAGGCUUUUGCAACUGGGCCAUUUAGAUAACUUCAUGUUAGAUCAUGCAGAUUCCAUCUUAGAUUUGAUGAACAUUUGUUUUAGUUUUUCAUACAUGUAUGUUAAUAGUUUGGCAUUUGUUGUGUUACAAGUAGAUCAUAAGGUUAUUAUUGACAGUGCAAUUAAUAUGUGACGUAUUUAUAAAGUAAAGGUGUUGACGGUAAAUAUUUUACAGUUAAGUUAUGUUUUUGGUUUGCAUGUAAACUGUUUGUUGUCUUUUUUUAUAACGUAAUAUUUUGUACAGAUGACGUGACAUUUUUAACAGACAAAAUUUAAAUUGAAUUUAAUUGAGAUACAUUAUAGUGUAAUAGUUGCUUAUAAAACUGAAAAUGAAUCUACCGAAACCUGAAGUUUUACUUUCAGUAACUAUGUAAUGGUUAGUUAUUGUGUCGACGAAGGCGUUUCAUGUGAAAGGAUGCAGCGUUAUGGGUUUUUCGAUGUAAAAAAAGAAAUGACCUUCUUCCAAAGGGAUGGUCAUCGCGCCUUAUUUGUCAUUUGUAUGAUUAGUUAUAUCUUUUGAAAUACGUCAUACAAUUUAUGGUUUGACAGAUAUACAAUUUAUGUAAACUGAUUCUGGAUUAAGAAUUAGAUCAAUUCAAAAUUGGUGAUUGAGGUAAAUUAAUUGCACUAGGUAUAGUUAUACUUUGCUUUUAAAAAAACAUUAAAAUGCAUUGAAACAGAAAGAAGAAAGUAGAUGUGAUACAUUUAUUUACGCCCGAAACAGACGCAUGGAGAGAAUUCCUGAAAAAAGCUAUUAGCUUCCUACUCAAUCUUCUAUGUUGAUAUAUGUAUCAUUGUUAUAACAGAAAUUAUUUCGAAUAAAUAUUGUUUAAACCAAAAUGACACAAUACAUUGAUAUUCGCAUAGUAAACGGAACAACAUGUGUAUUCAAGUAGUGUUUUGUUCAGCCCUUUCCAUAAUUGUAUCAUACAUGUAUAAGGAUUUUGAUUUAUAAUCAAUAGUUUUACUUAAUUUGCUUGACAUAAGAGUUUGAAAUUUAUUAAUGUUUGGCCAAUGACAAUUAUAAGGCUUAAGAAACUGGAUACGAAACUUUAAAUACUUGGGACAAACUAGCAGGAACUGAUUUUCGUUUCAUAUAACAUUGAUUUUACGGUGUGGCAUUUUCUUUCUUUUUCGUCUUUUAUUUCUAUAUUGUCCGGUUUCUAUUACCAGAUCACGAAAUGAGAGACAAUUUAGAAAAUGCUAUUUUAUACGUUUUUCUCUUUUUGUUGGGUUUAACGCCACACAGGCAAAAUUAUAGAUCAUAUGGCGACAUUCCAGCUUUAAUGGUAGAGGAAGACCCCUAGGUCCGUGCAUUAUGUCAUCACGAGCGGGCACCUGGGUAGAACCACCGACUAUCCGUAGGCCAGCUAGCUGGCUUCCUCACAUGAAGAAUUCAAUGCCCCGAUUGAGGCUCGAACCCACAAAAAUGAAGGGGAAGUGAUUUGAAGUCAGCCACAUUAACCACUCCCUCUAUAUGUAUUAUAAUGUAUACCAUCUAUUGGCCGGUUGCAAGACAACUAUAAGCUAGAGUUAAGCGAUAGUUACUGUGAUCCGCCGAUCAAACGGGUUGCAUGAAACGCCUUCUUGGGUAACUGUUACAAUUCUUGGCCAAGAUAUGGCUGGGUUGCACGACGGUAAUGAUUUCUCAGUGGACACUUCUUGUACAAACCUGGUUGUUAAUAGGUUUAUCGCCGAGUCAAAGCAUAUUUCAAUUUAUAUACAUGGUUUGUUUUCAAUUGUAUAUGAGGUAAAUUAAAGUAUGUAUGUGUUUGAUUACCUGGAUAUGUUUGAGAAACUUUAUAGAGUUUAAAUAUAGCAAUAUUAUAACAAUGAUGUUACUAUCUCCGUCAAAAUCCCCUCCUGAAACAAUAUUUUCGCAUUGUUACAUUUGCUUUCUAUCAUCUUAUUAUUCUCUGCAAGCUCUAUAAAAACUUCUUUCCCACAAGGAGAAAAUAAAACGCCCUUUUGCCUAGGCAUCUUGAGUUACUUGUAUUAACAAGAAUUUUGUUGAAUUAAUGUUAUUUGAGCCGCGCCAUGAGAAAACCAACAUAGUGGCUUUGCGACCAGCAUCCGCGCAGUCUGGUCAGGAUCCAUGCUGUUUGCUUUCAAAGCCUAUUGCAAUUAGGGAAACCGUUACAAUGUAGAGUAUAUAUCGAACGAUCGCAACAUUCCCUGCGUAAGAUUAUUACGCACCGCGUAUCUACUUAAACUGGAGUCCCAAGUUUCUGCGUGAAGAGGUCAAAUCCAUAUUGAUGCUACAAACCGUCUUGGUGAUUCAGAUAGACAAUGGAUUUCGUGUAGGUGUCAAGCAAAUGAAAAACCGACGAGGAAUUUAGCUUUUGAAAGUGUUAUAUUAUGGUUAAAAUCAUAUUUUAAGAUCACUUUGUAUUUAUCGAGGAACCUGUGUAAUUACAAUAUAAGAUGAGUUUCGUGUAAAAAUAAUAUCGGGCUUUUGUAAGAUUCAGAUUAAUAAAAAUAUACAGACUUGAGUAAACGGCAUUAUAGUAACCUAUGUAAUUUGUUUGUUUGUUUUGGGUUAAACGCCAUUUUUCAAGACUAUUUCAGUUUUGUAACGGCGGGCAGUUAACAGUACAAAUCUAUUCUCUGCAAGUAACUGCCAACUUCCCCACAUGAAUCAGAGGUAGAGGACGAAUGAUUUCAGACACAGUGUCUUUUAUCAAAUCAUCACAACAUACGGCCCGCCCGGUGAUCGAACUCACGACCCCAAAAUCCUUAGAUCAGUACUCUACCUACUGAACUAAGCGGGCGGAUGGUAACCUAUGUAAUGAUAUGGGCACUGAGCUGCUCCGGUAGAAGCAAUGUGUGAGGUGAUUGUGAUGAGAAAAUAAGACAGUGUAUUUGACACAUAUUCUCGUAAGCCUUUGUUUCUUAUACUUGCUGGUAGUCCUCUGCGGCCAAUUGAUUAACACUUCCCAUGCUGAACACGAUUGAUUCUGCCUUUGCGAACAGUGUAGAUCAUGAUCAGCCUGCACAUCCGUGCAGUCUGAUCAUGAUCUGUACAGUUAUCUAUUCAGCUAGUAUAUUUUGAUAAGCACCCCUAUUAACAGUUAACGGUACUGUCCAAAUCAGAAGAUGGACAAGUUCAUUAUAGAAAUUUAGGAAAGUAAAAUCACCGACGUACAGUCACUUGCUCUUUGUCAACGCUGUAGACUCGAAACCUUGCUUUGCGUGUAGGAUUCCGUCAUACGAUGAAGGCAUCCAACUGACUUACGGAAGAUCUAAAGGUCUACUCAGAUGGUGAUACACAGCAUAGUGGGGCACCUAGGGUCAUGCACUACCAUUAAAAACUGCAAAAAUCCUACUUGACGUAUCAUGUUCUCGGUCUGUUGUUAAACCCAACCAAAGAGCAAAAACAAACUCGUACUUGCCAACGAAAUAUAUUUUAAUGUUUGUUUUGCUGUGUGUAUGAUAGACUGUUACAACUUCAUUUUGUUUAUGUUUUCUGUACGAAACAAUGAUGAAUGGCAUACUCCGUAUUAUCACGUAAACUGACGGAUUCGUGACAGGUGAAAUCCGGACAUAUGACCUCAUUUUGACCAAGUGUAAUUAAACAUACUAACAUACUGUGUUUUCUGCUAUUUGUGUUAAAACUCUACUUGAGAAUAUAACUUUAGUUAUUACUGCUUCUUCUGUAAACCACUGUUUUACAAGGAAACGUAAAACUUGUAUGGUGAAUAGUUGUUGUUAAUAUUUUAGCUCUUUUUGUUUUAUUUUAUUUUUUUAUUAUUAUUAUUAUUUUUGUUUGUUUACACGUCAAAUCACACAAAACUUGAAAAUAGAUAUAUAUUCAUUUCAUGUUAGAUGAAAUUUACAUCAUAAAAUGCACAGAUACAUUAACAUUAGUUUUAUUUUAUGAAUAGUAAAAUAUUAGUCAUACAAAUGCUAGCCACCUCCGUAAAACUGCAUUCCUGAAAUGUAAACCAACAUUAAACUUCCCUUACAUGAAACAAAGGAGAAAAGUCAUAUGAUUUGUCAGAUUGUCACAAAUCGAAGCGUAGUUCGGACCCCGUGCUGCUAAAGCAAGUGAGAAGGUGGGGUCCCGUCCCGUGACUUUACGCUCUGGUAUGGUACAGAGAGGUUUUUAUAUCACUUUAUGUUGCUUUUUUAAACACGCGAAGACAUAGACACUUAAAAUCAAUUAACAAUUAUUUGAUAUCUGUAAAUAUAUGCAAGAUAAAUAUCGCGUUAUCUGUUGCAGUGCAAACGAUGCCACAUGUGAAAAUAUUUCGUAUAUCAUUUUGUGUGGAAUAUACAAAAUAAUGACUUAUGAAUUAAUGAAGUAUUAAAUAAACAAACAACAUGUUCAGUGUAUCGUUACGUCGCCAAGUACAAGACAGAUACAACUGCCUAGUGAUUCAAUACAAUGAAAAUGACAUUAUAUAAUACUCAGUUUGUCAGAUCAAUGAAAAACAUCUUUUCAAGUUAAUGAACUCAAGUGAAAUGAGAAAUAGCCAGAGAUAUAAUAUAGUUUCAAUAUAAUACAGAACGGUGUUGUUAAGUGCUGUUUGAGUAUAGAUUGAAAUAUGCUAUAGUAACAGUAUUAAUACUAACUGUGUUUUUACAUUAAUAUUAAGACAUAAAUAGACGUAAUUCCUUGAGGAGGACAACCAUUAACACAGCUGUCAUGUCUAUGCAAAUGAAGAGAAGGUAUGCAUAUAGUCUUCGUUUACGAACACUUUCACUACAGUUUUCCAUCGUCUUACGUGAGUAAUGGUAUAAAGUCAGACAAAAAACUGUCACACAAACGACUUUUUUUUUUUUUGAUUUAACGUCGCGCCGACACAUGAUAGGUCAAUUGGCGACUUUCCAGCUUUAACGAAAUUUAUAACUUUUUUAAAGGAUAAUUAAAAAGGUGAAAGAAUUUUCGUUUAAGCUGAAUACGAAUGACCGUAGUUAGAGGAUCAAAUUAAACAUAAAACAGCAGCAGCGCGAGAAACCUUCUAGAUAACUUUAUAGUUAAGUCGGCAAGGAUACUGAUGCAAUGAGCCUAAUUCACGAUUAUAACCAAUCAUGUUCGUUUUAUGACGACCAGAGGACUGCAGUAGGCUCAGAUAUAAUAGCGGCUAUGAUUCAGCUCAACACGGGUAAACAGUUGAAGGAUUUACAUGUACUCGAUGCUGGCUGCGGAACUGGGAGUUAUGCAAAGGCACUUUUUGAUAUUGGGGUUGGUUACUUAACACUAAUGGAUGCAUCAACUGGAAUGCUAGAACGCGCUAGAGCAAAACUUAGUAACUAUUUAGCACAAGGAAGGGUUCAAGAUAUGGUUGAGUGCAGGUUGCCGCCUAUUCCUGUUCAGGAUGAUUGUUUUGAUGCUGUUAUGUUCAAUUCGGUCUUACACCACCUUGAUCGAACAAACUCCGAUUUUUCAAACGUGAUUGAGACACUACAAGAAUCCCGCAGGAUCUUGCGUCGAAAAGGUGUCAUAGUUAUAACAACAAUUCUUCCUGAAACAUUUGCAGAGGCGUUGUGGUUUAUGCAGAUUGACAGAAAGGUGGCUCAGCGAUUCAUAGAAAAUAAUGCUCUUUCUUUGAAUCAGCUCUACAAGAUCUUUGAAGCUGCCGGUAUCUGUUGCACUCAGAAAAUGACUGUUCUGGGCUCCGAUCUGUUAAAUCACUACUAUAAUGUUGAAGAUCCAUUGGAAGUGUCAUUGCGAAGAAUCCUGAAUGAGUUUUGGUCAUUUGCAACAGUGGCAGAGGUCAGCGAACUUGUAAAGAGAGUUAAAGACUUAAAGGACAGCGAAGAGCUGGAGGCAUGGAUAAAAUCACAUGAUCGCACAAGCACAAUGGGUAUCCUGACAAUAAUGAUAUGUAAACCUCUUUAUUCUCAGUAAAGUCUAUUCUUGAUGUAAUGGACAAAUAAGUAUUGGUUCUAUAACCUCUAGAUGGUAUGCCAUACUUACUCAAGUAUAUGGAACUACAUAUAACAAAUAAUCUUGAUGAGUCAUCAUUUGUAUCAUUACCGCAUGUUUUUCGAUAGUUUGGAAACGUCCGAGAGAGAAAAUUGAAAAUUACCAUAUUCUAUAUAGAUCUAAAUGUAUUUUUGUGUGUAUUAUUUCCAAAUGUUGGGAUGCGUUUUAAUAAAUGUUCAACAGUAUAUUAUAAGAGUUGUUUACAGAUAAUUUAGCAAAACUAAAUUGUGUAGCAGCAUAAACACUGAAAGUUUACAUUCACUUGCGAACUUUAAGUUCAGAAUUGGGGGAAAAACAUGUUUUUUUGCUU